AUGGCUGACACUCGGCUCUCCAACUACGAGGCUACGGUAGAAAAACUUAAUAAAUUCUAUUUCAGGCUCAAACACCAAAUCUUACAGUACCAGAGUCUUUCACUUGGAUUGUAUCCAGAAUGUGGUACAUUUGACCCUGAGAAAAUUUGUAAACAUGCAAAUGUAAGAGACAGUAUCUAUUGUGCUGCGGCUACCUGGAGUCUCUCUCAAGCUUAUAGACACAUUGAUGAUGACAAAGGCCGUACUCAAGAACUUGCACAAAGUGCUGUCAAAACUAUGCGAGGUAUCCUAUACUGUUGGAUGCAUCAAACUGUUUUGUCUCACAAGGUUGAAAAAUUCAAAUAUGACCAAAAUCCCAUAAAUGCACUUCACACAGUAUUUGACAUUGUCACAGGAGACCCAGUCUACAAAGAUGAUGAAUAUGGCCACUUACAGAUUGAUGUUAUUGGCUUAUAUUUGAUUUUCCUUGUACAGAUGAUUUCAUCAGGUCUUCAGGUAAUAUUCUCCACUGAUGAAGUGAACUUUGUACAAAACUUAGUAUUUUCUGUAGAAAGAGCUUACCGAACUCCAGAUUAUGGAAUGUGGGAAAGAGGUACAAAAUAUAAUAAUGGCUCAACUGAAAUUCAUGCUAGCUCAGUUGGUUUUGCAAAGGCCGCACUUGAAUCAAUCACAGGACUGAAUGUUUUUGGUGACCAAGGUGCAGCCUGGUCAGUUAUUUAUAUUGACAUUGAUGCUCACAACCGCAACAGGACAAUUUUUGAAACCAUUCUACCUCGGGAAUCUAAUUCAAAGAAUACUGAUGCUUCAUUGCUUCCAACAGUCAGCUGGCCAGCUUUUGGUAUCCAUGAACAAAAUAUUCAUGCUCGCACUAUUAGUAAAGUCCUUCGAAAAUUGAAAGGAAAAUAUGGUGUGAAGCGUUUCCUCAGAGAUGGAUUUAAAACUGUUCUUGAAGAUCCAACUCGUAAGCAAUAUUUUCCUGCAGAAAUUAAGAACUUUGAUGGAAUUGAAUGUGAAUGGCCAAUGUUCUUUGCUUACUUGAUGAUUGACAGUGAAUUCAGUGGGAGCAAAGAAGAUGUUGAAACAUUUUAUAAGUUGCUUACUCCACUUUUGAAAGAUUCUGAAUAUGGGCCUUUAAUUCCUAAAUAUUAUUAUGUUCCUAAGGAGAAUAUACAACAAGAACAAAAGAAUCCUGGAAGGGAGGACUUAUUAAAUAUUCAUGAACUUGAUCCUAUCCGCCGUUAUUUACCUGCUCCAGAAAGACCUCGUUUUAGUUCCCGAUACAGUGCAUUUCAGGGAACUCCUGAUGAUUUGGUUAUCCAAAUGGUACUCAUUUCUGAGAGUGCUGAGCUACAACAACUCCUUGGAACUUAUGGAAUUGAAUCCCAAACUCCUCGACAAAUUGAACCAAUUCAAAUUUGGUCUCCCAAAGAGCUAACCAAAGCCUAUGGAUAUCUUGGUUCAAAUAAGAAAUUAGGCAUUUCUGGUCGACCUCAAAGGCCAUUUGGAGUUCUUAGUACAUCAAAGAUUUAUCGUAUUUGUGGCCAGACUGUUCUUUGUUAUCCUCUGUUGUUUGAACUCAGCAACUUUUACUUGGCUCAGGAUCUUUCACUUGUUGUUGAUGAUUGUAAAAGUGAUCUGGCUUUCUUAGCUAACUGUUGGAAACUUUAUGGCCGGCCUACGUUUUGUAUGGUUAUCAGACAUGAUAUUAUGAGUGGAGACUUUUCGUAUUUUCUUGAGCUCUUGUCAGAACUGAAAAGAGGGGAUUGCAGUGGUCUACGUGUGCGGUUUGGUCGACUGCAGGCAAUGAUCUCCUCAGCUUGUAUAGAACAUUUAGACUUUCUUCAUUCUCUGGAUGACCUUACAAACUUUAAAUCUUUUGAAGAAAAACCUUCAACUGCAGGUUUUACACCUUUUGUUACAAUGCCACCACCUGUUGCACCUGAAGUGGAGGAAGUACUCAAUGUUAUGGAUUUGACUAUUCGUUCUACCAAUGAUCUUAUUCAAAUGCUUCGAUAUUCCGAAAGUAUCAGAAAGAAAGUUCAAAUUUUAAGCAUCCUCCUUGAAAGAGAAGGCCUAGAGUUUCAUGUUGAAGAGUACACCGUUAAAGAGAGAUUGGAAAAAACUUUACAUUUGGCUGGCACAAAACGCCAAUGGGCUCAGGUCAGAUUAUGCGCUGCUCUCCUCGAUAAAGUUGUGGACAGUUUGGCACCAUCUAUUACAUCUGUACUGGUUCGGGGCAAACAGUUAACAGUUGGUGUAUUUGCACACGAAGAAACUGUCCUUGACAAACCCAUUCCACCUUCAGAAAUCAAAGAAAUCAUUUAUUCCUGUUGCAAGCCGCAUAAUCUCUCGGAAUCCGUUCUCCAACAAGAAAUCAUUAUCAAUAUUGGAAAACUUAUUUCAACCAGUCCACAGUUUUUUGCUGGGAUCCUGAAGAUUCGGAUUGGCUGGUUUAUUUAUGCCAUGAAGCUAGAGUUAAGCACUGAUAAAAGUAUGAACCCAGACAUCUUUAGUCUGUCACCCCGACAAAUCAGAACUCUGCUACUGAGAUUACUCAAACGAAAUAUGCAUGAGUUGGAUAAAAGUAAUCCUUUGAUGAGAAGACAGAUUGAUGGUGCCUUGAACAGAGUACCAAAGAAUUUCUACGAUCAAGUUUGGAACAUUCUUGAGAAAACCCCAGGUGGAGUUAAAGUCGUUGGAUAUCUUCUUCCCCAACAACCAACUCUCUCUGAUAUGACAAUGUAUGAGAUGAAUUUCUCACUUUUGGUUGAGAAAAUGCUCAGCCGUAUUGUAGAUCCUGCUUAUCGGCAAAUAAUGGUCGAGUCCUUUAUGGUUGUUGCUACGAUUCUUGACCGAAAUCCUGAGCUACAUUUUCCACAAGCAGUAAACAUGGAUAAGAUUUUGGAUGAUGCUUUUGCCCAAUUCAAAGAUGACAAGUUGAAAGAAGGCAUUGUGGAAAAAGAAAAAGUAACAAUGCAUAUGUUUAUCAGCACGCAAGCAAAUGUGAGGCAAGGUACAACCAGUUAUAUUGCCAAGUCUGUACUCAAGCAGUACCGACGAAAAAGCUUAUUUGCCGUAAAAAGUCUGAGGAAAAGCUUUAUUUACCGUAAACUAAAAAGGAGCAAUGAAGUUAUUCUCGGGACUGUUAGUGCUGGGUUGCUUCUCCUUUGGAAUUGUUUUGGCUAA